AUGAGCUUAGAACUUUUCGGAUCCAAGGACAAGACAUUGUUGGCCUUGGUCAACAAUUUGAAACUUUCCAUUGCAGCCGCUGUGUACGACUCAAAACUCGUUGUGAAGUUGUCUGAAGACGAUGACAAUAGCGGCGUUUUGUUGAAGGAUAAAAAGACUGGAUUUGAAUUAUUUGAAGCUAAUGCAAUUGUCAAAUAUUUGGCAAAGGAUUACACCACGAACGAGAAUAUCAAAUUCGAGGAAAAAGAGUUGUAUAAAGCUUUAUUGACUAAUAAAAAGGAAAACCUUGAGCAAGUUAAAAUUGCAACUCCAGCCCAAGUUGAAAUCAACCCCUCGCAGAUUAUCCUCUUUUCGUCAUUGUAUCCAAUCUACGUCAACGGAUCCAACGCUUGGUUUAAUGGGUUUGCUGCAAAGGUGGAAAAAGGGGUGCAACACGCAUUAUCAAUAACCAAGGUUGAAAGAGUUAAAGAAACCAACACGGGUGCUCAAAAUUUCACCAAGGACUACUUGGUCAAGGACCAGGCAACAAGAAUUGUUCCUAAGCCAGACGAGCGUAAUAUCUUAAUCACUUCAGCAUUACCAUAUGUCAAUAAUGUACCUCAUUUGGGAAACAUUAUUGGAUCGGUGUUGAGUGCCGAUAUCUAUGCAAGAUAUGUUAAAAAUAGGAACCAUAAUGCUAUUUUCAUUUGCGGUACCGAUGAAUAUGGUACGGCAACCGAGACCAAAGCUUUGGAAGAUGGCGUCACACCAAAGGAAUUGUGUGACAAGUACCACAAGAUUCAUAAAGAGGUUUAUGAUUGGUUUGAUAUUGGAUUCGACUACUUUGGAAGAACCACAACUGAAUUGCAAACUGAAAUUGCUCAGGACAUUUUUUUGAAAUUGCACAAGAAUGGGUACUUGGAGGAGAAGACCACCGAGCAGUUGUAUUGUGAACAACAUCAUUCAUUCUUGGCAGAUAGAUUUGUUGAAGGUACAUGUCCCAAAUGUGGCUACGAAGAUGCCAGAGGCGACCAAUGUGACAAAUGUGGUAACUUGUUAGAUCCAUUGGAGUUGAUUGAUCCUAGAUGUAAGGUUGAUGGGGCAAAACCAGUUGUGAGAAACUCGACCCACAUUUACCUCAAAUUGAAUGAUUUGGAAGAACCAUUAAAAAAAUGGGUUGAUGAAGCUAGUGAAAUAUGGUCCAAAAACUCCAAAACCAUCACCAACUCUUGGAUUAAACAAGGGUUGGAACCAAGAUGUAUUACAAGAGAUUUGAAAUGGGGAACACCUGUCCCAUUGCCAGGCUACGAAGACAAGGUCUUGUACGUUUGGUUUGAUGCUACUAUUGGUUAUAUUUCCAUUACUGCCAAUUACUUUAAAGAAAAUGAUGCAACCGAUACUGAAAACUGGAUUAAGUGGUGGAAGAAUCCGGAGAAUGUCGACUUGUAUCAAUUUAUGGGUAAGGACAAUGUACCGUUCCAUACUGUUGUCUUCCCUGCGUCGGAAAUUGGUACUGGUGAUAAUUGGACCAAGUUGCACCAUUUGAGCACCACCGAGUACUUGCAAUACGAAGGAGGUAAAUUCUCCAAAUCGAGAGGUGUUGGUGUGUUCGGAAACAAUGCCAAGGAGACCGGUGUUUCAUCAUCAGUGUGGAGAUAUUACUUGGCUUCAAUCAGGCCCGAAACUGGAGAUGCCCAGUUUUCGUGGGACGAAUUUGUUGCCAAGAACAAUAGUGAGUUGUUGGCCAACUUGGGUAACUUUGUCAAUCGUGUUGUUAAAUUUGUCAAUGCCAAGUACAAUGGUGUUUUGCCCAAGUACGGUGUAGAUAAUAUCCCAAACUACAAGGACUUUGUCGAGGAGUUUAACAGUUUAUUGAAGGAAUACAUUCAAGCUAUGGAUGGAAUUCAAAUUAGAAAGGGGUUGGAAAUUGCCAUGGCAUUAUCGGCGCGUGGAAAUGCAUUUUUACAAUCGAAUCGUAUUGACAACAAGAGUUUUGAAGAAGAGCCCGAUAGAAUUGAUGCAGUUGUCAAUGUUGGAAUCAAUAUUGCCUACUUGUUAUCGGCUGUAUUCUAUCCAUUCAUGCCUCUGACAUCAGUGCAGAUCAAUAGGAUAUUGAAUGCUCCUGCAUUGUCCAUCCCCGACCAAUUUACACUUGUUUUGCUUGCUGGACAUAAUAUUGGAGCUGCUGAGUAUCUUUUCAAGAGAAUUGACGAAAAGAAGAUUGAUGAAUGGAGAAAGUUGUAUGGUGGCCAACAGAAGUAG